CUACUUUCUGUUUCUCUUAUUAUUUGUAAGGCAAAGACAACGAACAUUGUUAAUAUGUCUGAGGACGCAGUGGCAGAAACGGUGGUAGAUGAACCAAAGUCUGAUGAGGAUGCAAAACCUGAAAAGAAAGCUAGUGUUAAAUCGCUUAAAAAGAAAACAACACCAACAGCAAGCAAGAAAAAGAAGAAGUCAAAACAAGCACCAUCUGACCAUCCACACUACAGAGACAUGAUAAAGGAUGCGCUUACAAGUCUUAAGGAGAGAGGUGGAAGUUCGAGACAGGCAAUUCUUAAAUACAUCAUAGGAAAUUAUAAAAUUAGUGUAGAAGAAAAAACUGCAAAUAACCAUUUAAAAAUGGCUUUAAGAGCAGGAGUGAAAAAUGGAACUUUGACUCAAAGCAAAGGACAGGGCGCUUCUGGUUCGUUUAGGCUGGGAGAAGAAAAAGCAAAGAAAUCCCACAAGAAGAAGGAAGCUGUUUCGACUCCUACAAAGAAGGCUAAAAAACCCGCAUCACCAAAGAAGGCUAAAAAGCCAACACCUGCGAAGAAGACCAAGAAAUCUAAACCAGCAAAAAAGGCAAAAUCUCCAAAGAAAAAAGCUUCAAAGAAAGGCAAGGCAAAAGUAGUGAAGGCUGCUGCAGAAACACCUCCAGCUGAAAAAACGGAGUGAACAAUAACAACAUUAUUUAGUGUUCCUAAGUAUUGUAAUUAUCUGUGUCGUAGCAGGUCACUGUAAUCUUGCUAAGCUAAAGGAAGGGCUAUGAACAGUUUAAUGCACAAAAUGAAUGCUAUUCUAAAUGGAAAACAUUGUGACAUUAGGAUUACAAAACAGUAUUCGUAUUUGUGGUAAUUUGUAGUAUGCAAUCAAUUAAAUUGAUUUUAUUUUUUA